UUGAUUACUUAAGCUGUGCCUAUUAUCACUCACUCAACGUCCUAUUGUAGGUUGCGUGUGGCUGCCUAGUGGCUGGCGUUAUCGACAUCGAUAACUCUCUCACCCUGAAAUUUCUCACUCGCUACUACAUCACACGAUCAUGGCAACCACCAGCCUACAAUCUAAUUGGAAGAAAAAAUAUCGCACGCGGACACUGUCGAAAGCCCAGGGCGGUACUGUCUGUACCAUGGCCGUGUCGACCACCUUCAUCGAAGUUUCUCGGCCACUACCUGCACCGGUAUACUCAGCCCACCAAGACCUGGACUUCAACGACGACCGCAAGAUAUGGUCGACCCGGCACAUUGAGGAGCACCCAUUCGUCGAGACUAUCCGCAUGGGUGUCUUACAAUAUCGACUACAAUCCGCAUCUCACUUUGAUGUAUCCAUUGAAGUACACCAGACUAGAAGCUCAGAGUAUGCUGGCAAACCGAUACAGCUUAUACCUUCGUUCAAGAUAGAAGUGCUUUUCCAUGACUUCAACAACCAGAAACUAUACCGGAUCUGCCGCCUCAAGCCCCGCAGGAGUUCACGCAAGGUGCAUAAAGUUCUCGCUGCUCACAUACAAGUUCGCGAGUAUGACAGAAACGUAUCGCUACACGACUUCCUCAACGUCAAUUUCCCGAUUCUGCAAGACCCAGUCAAAGCUGAGACUCUACACGCGUGGUGGAGCGAGAACGGCAAGACGUUCAAUUGGAUAGGACUACCCACGGAACUGAAAGAGCGAAUCAUUCAGUCUUGCAUGCACCGAACUCACGAGCCCGGCAAUGGUCACCGCUCGCUGCAAUAUCCCCGGAAGCGAGAUCGACGACGAUCAGGUCCUCACGAAUUGACCGACAUACUUGGAACGUGGUCGCAACUCUUGCGCGUCUCACACCAAGUGCGAGCAAUCACUCUCCGCUUAUGCUUCGUGGGUAGCAGUAAUAUGACUUUCAGCAAGGGCCUGUGCGUAGUCGUCCAUUCAUGCUUCGACUUCAAAGACAGCAUCAGGCGCCUAGGAAAGUACUACCAAGUCUUGGAACCAAACAGCGUGCCGGUGGAUGACAAAUCCCUCACUCUCGCAAAGACAUACAAGCGUUUCCCGAAACUAUUUCCAGAGCUCAAGCAGUAUGCUACCCUCAUGCACGGAAUCCGACGAGUCUGUCUGCAGAUGGGCUUCCUGGAUUAUCUUCACUUCUUCAAGAUCACCGCUGGCGGAUUCGAGCAGUACUGGCGAUCCUAUUACGUGGACUACGAGGCCUUCGAGCAGCUACCCCAUCUCAGCGAGCUCCUCAUCAUCUUACCCGACCCUAGGGGAAGACUAGAGGACAAGUCAACACAACAUGGCCCGCCUUUGUUCUACGAAGAUUUUGCCUGCCCUCGAAUUCUACAUCGGUUCAUCUACGAGCAGGCUGCUGUGGUUCUGGCACCAUAUGAGAAUGUCAAGAUGUAUGGCUUCAUCGAUGAGCUUGAGAAGUUGAGGUUCAAUGCGCUACGCCAAAACGCAAUCAAGAUGCUCAAAUUCACCGGUCCGGAACUCUACGAGCUAUAUGCAGAGGAUGGAGGUGGCAUAAAGCUUGAGGAGAGGGUCAUACCAGGAGUACAGAUCCAAGAGAGGGAAGAGAUAUCCGUGGAUUUCCAGCAGCUCGAUGCGACCCACCCAAACUUUUGGCCUCCAAAAUGCAGGUGUGCGGUGCGGUGCAGAGAAGUCCUCUUAGAAGACCAGUACAACAUUUAGCAACAGACUCGUGUUAAGUGCUGCACCUUGCGUUUCCUGACUUCUUGGAGGAAGAGUUGAUCAUAUGACUUCAUUUGCUAUAAAAUUUCAUGAGCUACUGCGACAAGGUUCGGCGAUUCUUUUCAAAAGAAAAUCCAGGAUAUAUACAUAUACGAGACAAUACUCGACGGAUACCGUAUGGGGAUCAGGCUGUACACUGCCAAAUCUUUCUGUCCAGGGUCAUGGGCGUCAGGUGCAUGGGAUAAUCUCCAUAUCUUCUUACAAACGAUGCUCUUGCUAUCUCCGAAAAAGUUUUUUUUCGG